GUCUAGCGUCUCUAAACAGCAACGUCGGAGUCUAGGGGAGACUAUUCUUGAGAGAUGCAGAAUCCGACAAAGAGGGAUAAAGAAACAGUUAGAACUAGAAAAACGCUUGCAACAGACGAAAUAAGGAACUGAAUGUGUAAAACCAGCAACAUUUUGAUUUAUCUCUCCCCUAGUUCUCUCAGGCACACUGACAUUAAUAAUAUUAAACAAUCACCUUGUGCCUCAAACCUGCUUUAUAACAACUAAGGAUAGUUUUAUUCUUAGCUUAAACCAAACCAGCAAUAGAAAAAGGAUCCUAACGUUUCCUCAGAUUAGCCAAAAGCAGAUUCCAAAAACACAUCAACACUACAGCCUACAUUCCAGUGAGAAAAAAGGUAAACUUAUCACAAGACUUGUUAACAAAAAUAUAUAGUAUUUCAUAUCAAACUGCUGGCUGAGUCCUACAGGUGCCUGAUUACACUAACCUAAACCAUUUUAGCUAUUGAUCAAUAAAAACAGUUACAAAGCAUCUAUACGUUCCAUAAAAGCUAGCCCUAAUAAAUUAAACACAUCCAACAGUCAUUGGCAGUCCUGUUUACCCAUCAUGGCCUCCAUCACCCAAUCAUCUGAGCCCGAGAUCCCAGACAACCACAAAGAGAGCUGGCUGGCACUACUUGCCGCAGCGGAGGGAUAUUGUCAGAAGUCAGGCUGCGACCUGGCUAUUCUUACAGCCUGUAAGAAGUUCUGGCCAUCUGUAGUGGAGAGAGAUGAGAGGAAAAGGGAGAGUGGCAGUGGCUUACCUGCCGGUGGCCGGAAGUGGGAUUUCUCCUAUCACGUGUGGGGUCAGGGGGCUUUGGCUGAGUCUUCGCGGCGCUACAUGGACGACAUUGCGGUGCUGCACUCCACAUCUAUGCUAACGGCGCAUAGAUAUACACGUCUYAGUGCAGGAGACGGAGGAGCUAAACUGGUAGUGGACAUGCCCACUGACAGGGCGGGCCUAACAGGUGAGGGUGGGGUGGGAACCAUCAGUCCCAAUACCACACUCUAUUCGCAAAGCUACCCAUCAAUCUARCACUCAGGGGCUGUCAUUGGCCAAGCUGCUGGGCAGCAUGGGAAUGGAGAGAGGGAGCGAGAYAUGGCUGUGAUGAUAGAGGAGGCUGGACGAGGGAGAGACAUUCCUGGAAUUGGGGACUUGGAGGAAGAGUGUGAGGAAGAGGAGGACAUGGACGAAAGGAGCCGUAAUCUGAAUGAGACUGCAGGAGUGUUUUCCAUGGAUGAGGACUCGCUGUCUCGUGACUGUGAACCAUUCUUUGAGUCCGAUGGAGAGGAGGAGAGCACUGAUGGCUCGUUAAGUGAGGACUGUCCUCCUCCCCCGCGCAGCAUGGCCAUGGGGCAGUCGUUCUCAUCCCGACACCCCAACCCCAUGAACAUGGCCCGCUCUCUCCCCGUGUCUGUUCCUGUGUGGGGCUUCAAGGGCAACAGACCCCACCAGGGAGAAGGCCACAGUGGGGAACGGGCUGGUGUAGCUGACCUGGAUCAUAUUGCUGCCAGCAUGAAGGCCCUGUUGGCCCCUGGAGCCAACGACGGAACAGAAAUGUUUGGAGGACUACCUCGCCCUCGCCUCAACACGGGAGACUUCUCCCUCAAACACUGAGAGAGCCAAAGAAAGUGAGGGGAUGAAGGAGUGAGAGAGUGUGUGUGGAUGAAAGAGAGCCAAUUUAUUGGCUGGCAGGC